UGUCUGUUCAGGAUCACACCGGUUUCCAACAGAGAAUCAGGCUACCGCCGCAGGGGCUCAGAAAUUACUCAGCGCAGUUCUGCAGACUCCGGAUUUCUCCUGUCUUCCUUGCUCGCCUACCAGCUGCAGGCUCAAGCUCCAAGCUGGGCUACCCCAGGCCGCCCACCACCCGGCUCCGCCUGGAACAGCCACGUGGUCCUAGCGAGCUGGAACCAACCCUUCCGGAUCAUAGAGCUCCCCCGAGGCUGGAGCAAGAGCGCCCUCUCACGCAUGCGCCCACUACCUCCCAGGCUACCCGCUUUCCCCGCCCCCCGGGCCGGCUCCGGCCUAUAAGAGGCUCGAGGUUGACGUCAGCGUCCUCUUCCGCCCGCUCUGUCCCCACCAGCGAGACAGGGCAGCAGCCGCCGCCAUUACCGGUCCCCUCCUCUUCUCCGACCUCGGGGAAUCCACCGCCAUCCGCCGCCAUGGUGAACUUUACAGUAGACCAGAUCCGGGCCAUCAUGGACAAAAAGGCCAACAUCAGAAACAUGUCUGUGAUCGCCCACGUAGAUCAUGGCAAAUCCACCUUGACUGACUCUCUGGUAUGCAAAGCUGGUAUCAUUGCCUCAGCCCGUGCUGGUGAGACUCGCUUCACUGACACGAGAAAAGAUGAGCAGGAAAGGUGCAUCACUAUCAAAUCCACAGCUAUCUCUCUCUUCUAUGAGCUGUCUGAGAACGACUUGGCCUUCAUCAAGCAGAGCAAAGAUGGUUCUGGUUUCCUGAUUAACUUGAUUGACUCUCCUGGGCAUGUGGACUUCUCUUCAGAGGUUACUGCUGCUCUUCGUGUCACUGAUGGUGCUCUGGUUGUAGUAGACUGUGUCUCUGGUGUGUGCGUACAAACAGAGACUGUACUGCGUCAGGCCAUUGCUGAGAGGAUCAAGCCUGUCCUGAUGAUGAACAAGAUGGACCGAGCCUUACUGGAGCUGCAGUUGGAUCCAGAGGAACUGUACCAGACAUUUCAGCGUAUCGUGGAGAACGUCAACGUCAUCAUCUCCACGUACGGAGAAGGAGAAAGUGGCCCCAUGGGAAACAUCAUGAUUGAUCCAGUGCUAGGUACUGUUGGUUUUGGUUCUGGCCUGCAUGGCUGGGCUUUCACCUUGAAACAGUUUGCUGAGAUGUAUGUUGCAAAGUUUGCUGCAAAGGGUGAUGCUCAAUUGAAUCCUGCUGACCGUGCCAAGAAAGUAGAGGAUAUGAUGAAGAAACUGUGGGGAGACAGAUAUUUUGAUCCUGCUACUGGCAAGUUCAGCAAAUCUGCCACCAGCCCUGAUGGAAAGAAACUGCCCAGAACUUUCUGCCAACUGAUCCUAGACCCCAUCUUCAAGGUUUUUGAUGCAAUCAUGAACUUCAAGAAAGAGGAGACAGCUAAACUGAUUGAGAAACUAGACAUCAAGCUGGAUAGUGAGGAUAAGGACAAGGAGGGCAAACCCCUGCUGAAGGCUGUGAUGAGGCGCUGGCUACCUGCUGGAGAAGCUCUACUGCAGAUGAUCACCAUUCACCUCCCAUCCCCUGUUACAGCUCAGAAAUACCGCUGUGAGCUGCUAUACGAGGGACCCCCUGAUGACGAGGCUGCCAUGGGUAUUAAGAACUGUGACCCCAAAGGCCCCUUGAUGAUGUACAUCUCUAAAAUGGUGCCAACCUCUGACAAGGGCCGCUUCUAUGCUUUUGGGCGUGUCUUCUCUGGUCUCGUCUCUACUGGCUUGAAAGUCAGAAUCAUGGGACCAAACUAUACACCUGGCAAGAAGGAAGACCUGUACUUGAAGCCAAUCCAAAGGACCAUUCUGAUGAUGGGCCGCUACGUUGAACCCAUUGAGGAUGUGCCUUGUGGUAAUAUUGUUGGUCUGGUUGGUGUUGACCAGUUCCUGGUGAAGACUGGAACAAUCACCACCUUUGAGCAUGCUCACAACAUGAGAGUGAUGAAGUUCAGUGUCAGUCCUGUGGUGCGUGUGGCUGUUGAAGCAAAGAACCCAGCUGACCUGCCCAAGCUAGUGGAAGGGCUGAAACGUUUGGCCAAGUCUGACCCUAUGGUGCAAUGCAUCAUUGAGGAGUCUGGCGAGCACAUCAUAGCUGGUGCAGGGGAGCUGCAUUUGGAGAUCUGCCUGAAGGAUCUGGAAGAGGACCAUGCAUGCAUUCCAAUUAAGAAAUCUGACCCUGUGGUGUCUUACCGUGAGACGGUCAGUGAGGAAUCCAACGUGAUGUGCCUUUCCAAGUCCCCCAACAAACACAACAGGCUGUACAUGAAGGCCCGCCCCUUCCCAGACGGUUUGGCUGAGGACAUUGACAAAGGUGAUGUUGCUGCCCGCCAGGAGUUGAAGCAGCGUGCUCGCUACUUAGCUGAGAAGUAUGAGUGGGAUGUUAGUGAAGCCCGUAAAAUCUGGUGCUUUGGUCCUGAUGGCACUGGUCCCAACAUCCUGACUGACAUCACCAAAGGAGUGCAGUACCUGAAUGAAAUCAAGGACAGUGUUGUGGCUGGCUUCCAGUGGGCAACUAAAGAGGGAGCUCUGUGUGAGGAGAACAUGCGUGGAAUUCGUUUUGAUGUGCAUGAUGUGACCCUGCACGCUGAUGCCAUCCACCGUGGUGGUGGGCAGAUAAUCCCUACUGCCAGGAGGUGCCUCUAUGCCUGUGUGCUUACUGCACAGCCAAGACUCAUGGAGCCCAUCUAUCUUGUAGAAAUCCAGUGCCCAGAGCAAGUAGUUGGUGGCAUCUAUGGUGUCCUGAACAGGAAGCGUGGCCAUGUCUUUGAGGAGUCCCAGGUGGCUGGUACUCCCAUGUUUGUUGUCAAGGCCUACUUGCCUGUCAACGAGUCUUUUGGCUUCACAGCUGACUUGAGAUCCAACACAGGUGGCCAGGCCUUCCCCCAGUGCGUGUUUGACCAUUGGCAGAUCCUGCCUGGGGACCCAUUUGACAGCACCAGCCGUCCCUGCCAAGUUGUAGCUGAGACCCGCAAACGCAAAGGGCUGAAAGAAGGCAUUCCAGCACUGGACAACUUCCUGGACAAAUUGUAAAAGAUUCCCCACCAACAUCGGCUCAAAGUCACUAUUGUUGGACUCUGAAUAAACCUAACUAGUGUAACAUCAAUGCAGCAGGCAAAUGGUAGACUGCAGUGACCAUCUUUUUGCAUUAACACCUAAUUGGUUUCAUAGCAAUUUGAGACUUUCAAAGGGAAAAAAAAACCUCAUUGAUAUUCAGCCUUAUAGGUUUCUGUGUUGAACAUGAUGCAUUGGGGUCCCACUCGGUGCCAUUGUAACUUAAAACAUUUCCACUUAAUGCAACUAGAGUUGCCUGGCUCCAUAUUUAUUUGACACAAUGAAGGAAGCAGCUCUGUUUUCCUUCCUGCAGGGGUUAUUUGGCAAAAAGCAGGGUGGUAUGGUUGUAGUGGGGGGGGAAAGGGGGUAGCACUUGGCUCUAACCUCUCCAAGGGGAUCACUCAAUGCCCAACAGAUUGCAAGCCAAGCGGGACAAGUGCAUUAAGAGGGUUUGCUUGGGUUAAUGGCCUGUAGUGGGUUUGUUCAGGGGAGGGGGAUAUGGAAGGGAAUUUCUAGUUGGGCAGAAACUAGAAGGCAGGAAGCUCUUGUGCAGUGUGAUUGUCAUCAUGAACAUCAACAAGUGUAUUAGUGCCACUGGAAUAAUAAAUUUGAUAUGGUGACAAAUA